AUGGGUUCAGUAAAUAGUCAUCUCAUGAAUUCAGAUCAUUCUGAAUCGUUAACACAAAAACAAAGUACCAUUAUAAGUGAUAAUCCAAAAGUAAAUGAUUCAAGUACAAAAUUAAAUGAAUCCAUGAUGUAUACAAGUUUUUGGCAUCGAUUAUUUAGAAGAUCAAAAAGUUUAGACAGUGAAUCAUCACAUGCCAAUUCAUCUGUUAUAAAUGAACAACAGAAUAAAUUAAAUAUACAAUCAGAUCACUUACAAAAUCAUAUUACAUAUCAACAUACUACUAACAAACUACUUACAAAUGAUGAAACAAGCCUAUCUAGACCAGUUUCCAUAGGAUAUAAUAAUGAUAAUACUACUACUACUAAUAAUAAUAAUAGUAGUAUGAAAAAUUACAAAAAAGUAUUUGAACGUAAACAUUUUACAGAAUAUGGACAUCAUCAAUUUCAAAUUACUUCAUUAUCUAGUAGAAAACAACGUUUAUUACGAAAUCAUCCAUCUUAUCAGCAUAAUACAACACCAAUGAAUAAUAUGAAUCAAUCUAUUAAUGAAAUACAAUACACUACUACUAAUACUACUGAUUCAAUGAAUAUAAGUAGUCAAAAAAAUUCCGAUAAAAUAAAUUUCAAUCCAUGUAAUUUAUUAAAAAGUGAAUCAAAAAGUCAAAAUUAUUUAGAUUUAGAUCAAUCUCCAAAAAUGCGUUAUGUACGUAAAUUGAACACGUUUGCUAGUGUACCAGAUUUAACUAAAAAACCAAUACGUAGUGCAUUAAAAGGAAGUCGUAAUAGCAGUGUACAUCGAUCAAUACAUGAACAUGAACAUGAAGAUGAACAUGUUACUAUAUCACCAAAUCCUUUAAAUUCUGAUUCAUUUUCAUUAACACCACCAACACCAAAUGAAAUGAGAUAUUUAUUCAAUGAUCAAUUAACGGAUUUAUCUAAUACAAUCAUGAAUAUGAAACCAAUGAUUAAAACAAAUUCGAAAACAUUCAAUGAUUCAAAUGUGUUACCAAAUCAAUUAGAUUUAUCUAAUAGAAAUAAUCUUAACAUUGAAUAUAGUGAAUAUUCACCUGAAUUAAAACGAUCCAAUAAGAAUUAUUAUGAAUCAUUUCAAGAAGAUAAAGAAGAAGAAGAAGAAGAAGAAGAAGAAGAAGAAGAAGAAGAUAAAGAAGAAGAAGAAGAAGAAGAAGAUCAUGAAGAUGACAUGAAGAAUUCAAAGAAAAUGAAUAUAAUAAAUGAUAAUGAAACGAAUGAUGAUGAUGAUAUAAUUGAGAAUAACGAUAUGAUAGAAGAUGAUAAUGAUGAGGAUGUUGAUUCAAAUGCAUUAACUCCACGAUUUCAUUCCAAACUCUUGAGACGCGAUAGUAUGGAAUGUUACCUUGAGACAAACAAAAAACAUGAUGUAUGUCAUCAAAGAGAUCAUCCUCUUUCCGAUCUUAUUGAAGAUGUGAUAAACGGAAAACAUUCUUUUGGUGAUUCAACGAAUGGAACGACUGAUUUGGUAGAGGAGGAAGAAGAAGAAAAUACGAAUGAUGAUGAUGAUGAUGACGAUGACUGUGAAACCGAUGAAAAUAGUGACGAUUCCUUGUCCAAUUCAAUAAAAGAUGAGUACUCACCCAAACCUUUGAUAACUGAAGUACUUUCACCUUCCUUAUGUGCCAGUGGUUAUGGUCCAGUUGGGCACUUGUUAACAAGAUGGUUACCUCAAAGACAUUUCUGUGAAUUAUUAAUUGGAAGCAAUGAAAGUUCAGAUGCUUCAGAAGAGGCUAAAUGGUUAAGAAGAAAGGAGUUAUUAAAAGAACUUGCUAGAACUUCAUCUAUCUAUACAGACGGUAUGACACAAGAAAUGUUUAUGUUAAGAUUUUCUGAAUUCGUUGAAGUACAAGAAUUGGAACCAUGUGAUCGAAGUGCUGAUAAACCAUGGAUAAGAUUAACAUCAAAAGAUAAAGCACAGAUUCGUAGGGAGUUAAAUGAUUACAAAAUGGCUGAAAUGGAUGUACAUCAAGACAGUCGACAAUUCACCAGAUUUCAUCCUCCGUAA